UAAAUGUGGCUAAGUUAAACACCGACGGUAUAAGUGUAGUGAUAUCCAUUAGACAAAUUAUCAUGUUGCAGCCACGGAGCCAAAAUCCAGUUAGCCAUGUCCGUAAGUAUUAAUUUUGCGAGUAGUAGUAGUUAUUAAGAAAUACUAGGAAAUAAGAAUAUUAACGUAUUGUACAGUGGAUGACACAAAUUAUUCAGUUGUUACCUUUUAGUUUUUAUGACUAGUGACUAGACACUAUUAUGACUAGUGAAGCAGGUUUUUUUACUAUCUACUAUCUGAAUUUAGAGUUGUUUUAGGUGGGUUCGUAGUCAAUGAUAUUGUGUCAACAUUCAUAGUCAAUAAUUUUAGAUUAUCAGCUUGCAUGAUCAUCAACAGGCAGUUGAGUCUUUGUUGAGUAUUUUAUUAGGAAAUUUAUUUGGGAAAUUUUGAGUAAUAUAAAGGAUGUUAGAAUGUAAAGUUCAGCUCCAGUUCACCUUUCACUUAGUGCAACGUCCGAACUCCAACGCUGUGACAGAUUUGACUCCUGAAAUCUGGAAUCAACAUCCAUCUGAAGAGAUCCAAAACCAUCGACGUCGCAGAAGCUCAAAUCGAACUCUCUACAUCGUUUCAACAUCAGAGACACCUGGACUACAAACAAAUGUAAUCAAGAUGAAGUGGUCUUUUCAUUGUCUCAACAGGCUGGUAGGGCUAAGGUUGGGCUAUGGAUACCUAGAGGUCUCUACACGCGAAGUGGCAUCCCUUCUCCAACUACCCGCUCUUGAAACAAGGCGCUUCUACCAUGAUGCAAUAUUCUUGUUCCGCCUCGUUAACUCUACUGUGGACUGUCCUGAGCUGCUGGAGAGGAUUUGCUUCCGGGUUCCUGCUGGUACUAGAUCCCAAUAUCUAUUUGCUAGAUCCUCUGUUUCCUCAUCAUACUUGGCCAACUCUACGAUGCGGAGAAUUCAGCUUCAUGGAAACCUUCUUCCUAACCACAUGGAUUUCUUCGCUUCCUCAUUCCUAACCUUCAAACGGAAUCUCAAGACAUUUAUCAACCUGCAACACACUUGAAACCUCUUAAUCACAACAAACACACACCCACACAACACACACACACACACA